AUGGCAGAAGCAAUAGCCACUAAUCAAGACCUUUUCAUGUGUUCCAUUUGUUUGGACAUUCUGAAGGAUCCAAUUGUAGGGCAGAAUUGCCUGGAAUGCAUCAAGGGCUUCUGGAACCAAGAAGACGCCAAGGGAGUUUACAGCUGCCCACGGUGCAGACACACUUUCUCUCCCAGACCCGUCUUAAACAAAAAUCAUGUUUUUGCUCAACUAGUGGACCACUUCAGGAAGAGGAUCGAGGCUGCUGUUCCUGCUCAAUGUAAUUAUGCUGAACAGGGAGAUGCAGCGUGUGAUGUGUGCACGGGGAGAAAACUCAAAGCGGUGAAGUCCUGCCUGGAUUGUCUGUUGUCGUACUGCGAGGCUCACUUCAAGGUCCAUAAUGACCUGCACCCUGGACGCCAGCACAAGGUGGUCGAUGCCACAGCUCAGCUGCAAGACAGGAUCUGCCGCCAGCACGAGAAACCACUGGAGAUAUUUUGCCGCACAGACCAAACCUGUGUCUGUUUUCUCUGCAUGGUGGAUGAGCACAAAGGCCACGACACCAUUUCAGCUUCUGCUGGGAGGAAGGAGAAACAGAUUUUGGGAGAAACUCAGUGGAGGCUUCGGCUGAGAAUCCAGGAGAGAGAGAAGGAGCAGCAGGAUCUGACGAGGGCAGUGAAGACUCUGAAGAACUCUGCACAGACAGCUGUCAACGACAGUGAAAGGAUGUUUGCUGAGAUGAUCCACUCACUUGAGAAAAGGUGCUCUGAGGUGACAAAGUCGAUCAGAGCUCAGGAGAAGGCGGACGUGAGUCGGGCUGAAGGACUCUUGAAGCAACUGGAGCAGGAGAUUGUGAAGCUGAAGAGGAAAGAUGCUGAAAUGGGGCAGCUUUCACACACAGAGGAUCACAUCCAUUUCCUCAAGGUGAGGAUUAUUAGGUCUUGUAUUUUACUGAAUUGCUUAUUUCCAGCUUUGAUGUUUAUAGCAGCAACCUUUAAUUCCAUUAGAGUCUCAUCUACAUCUAAAGACCUACCCAGCAUUCAUGUGAGUAAAAAGCUGUCUUUUGAGGUUGUGACGCAAUCUGUGUCCUCCCUAAAGAAACAGCUGGAAGAGAUCUGCAAGAGGGAGGUCACCAAUGUAUCAUCACCAGUGUCCAUAGUCCAGGCAAUUUUUACAGAACUCAAAACCAGAGAGGAUUUCCUAAACUAUUAUUCUAACUUCACACUGGAUCCAAACACAGCAUCUGGAGGCCUUCAGCUCUCUGACGGCAACAGCAGGGUGGACAGCAACUACAGACAAAGUUGGAGUGGGCAAAUUCAGUCAACUCAGGUGCUAUGUAAAGAGGGUGUGUCUGGACGCUGCUACUGGGAGGUUACAUGGAGUGGGAGUGUUUCCAUAGCAGUCUCAUAUAAAAGCAACAGCAGCAUCGGGAUGAGAGGAAAUCGUCAUAGUGUGUUUGGAUGCAAUGACCAAUCCUGGAGUCUGGAAACUCACAACUGCGUUUUCAAAUACAAAAAUGAAGUGAUUAGAGUCCCUCGAAUUGCAAAAUGCAAUACAGUAGGAGUGUAUGUUGAUCUCAUGACAGGAACUCUGGCCUUCUACAGCGUCUCUGGCUCUACUAUGACACUCGUGCACGAAGUCCAUACCACGUUCACAGACACACUGUACCCUGGGUUUGAGUUCCUUCUAGGAGGCAAUGGCAUGCCAUCAGUGAGCCUCUUGUGAACUGUUGUUGUGAUACAGUGAUUGACACAUCGCACAUCUGUUGCAUUUCUGUUCAUACUUCUUUAUCCUUGCAUUUUGGUUUACAAUCAUGAAGUUGCAAUAUGUAAGUUAGUCUAUUUAAACAAUUAAAUGAUUAGCUUGAAAGUUCACUAUAAUUCUCACAACCUUUUCCCCCUGUGCACUUCCUCUCUCACUUUAUUCUUUCAUUUCAAGUGUAUACGUUAACACAGGAAUCAAUAAAAAUGUUAAAUGAAGUAAAGCAUUUCUUAUACACACAGUAUACUGUACAUGUCAUUUCACCAUUCCAAUCUUGUUUUUAUUUCUCUUGUAUCACCUCAGAAGAAAUGUCAGUUUCCAGCU